CCCCAUCUGGCUCACCACUUCUUCCUUCUCUCCUAGCAUCCCAUGCUGCAGAGAAUGUCACUGUGGUGUAUGGAAUGGAGGGGGGCACCAUCUCUGUCAACUGCACCUAUAACCCCUGGAAGCAGCGGUGGAGAGAAAAGAGCUGGUGCAAGCAGGUCGAUGAGACCAAGUGCCAACACGUGGUGAGCGCCCGACGCUUCUGGCUGCCAUUCCUAAAGAACAGGAACGGCAGCACCUCCAUCAGUGACAAUGUCCAUGAAGGGGUCCUGACAGUGACCAUGAAGCGACUCAAGAAGCAGGAUGCUGGGUUAUACCAGUGCAAAAGUGACUACCUGGGGGAAACAAACAGCUUAAGGAAGGUGCAAGUGGAAGUGCUGACAGCUGUCCUGGAGACCCAAGUGCCAGAGAAGCCCAGUGCUGUGAGGAGCAUCUCCAGCAUCCCUCCUGAAGCUGAUUUCACUGUCUUCUAUAUCAUUGCUGGAUUCCUGGUUACUAAGUUCAUGGUGGCUGUGCUGAUCUUCAUCAUUGGCAACAGUAGGAAGAACAGAGAAACAGAGCAGAAGAACUCAGGCUUGAAUGAACAGCAGGACUUUCCUUUCCCUGGUGACCUUGCACAUGAUGGAAUCAGCCCCUCCUGGGAGAGCACUGCUUAG